UUGAACAUCGUCUGGUUGCUCGAAUGGGAUUUGUGAGAUUGUGAUUGAACCUUUGAUUUCGUGAAGAUAAAGCUUUAUUUAUAUUCAUACCAAGUGACUAGUAUAGGUGUAAAAAAAUAGAUGCCAUGGCUGCAAGAAGCAACGAAGAAAAUCUAAAAGUCGGCAAAAUACCGGUAGACAAAACUGCGGUCUUCUUAUGUGAUUUGCAAGAGAAGUUUCGUCCAGCGAUGCUCCACUUUUCUGAAGUAGUGUCGAAUGCCAAAAAACUAGUGGAAUCAACUAAAAUAUUAGGCAUACCACUUAUAGUAACUGAACAAUAUCCUCAGGGAUUAGGAAGUACCGUCAGUGAAAUUAAUGUUCAGCAUGCACUCGGUAUAGUCCCAAAAACGAAGUUUAGUAUGGUUAUCCCUGAAGUGGAGAACAUUAUAAAAAUGUCAUGUGGUGGGCAAUUGAAAUGUGCUAUCCUUUUUGGAGUUGAGGCUCAUGUUUGUGUUGAACAAACUGCUAUGGAUUUGAUUAGCAGUGGAAUCAAAGUGCACAUUGUGGCUGAUGCCACAACUUCCAGAAGUCAAGAAGACAGGCUGCUAGCACUAGAGAGGUUAAAGCAAAUAGGUUGCUUUGUUUCCACAAGUGAAAGUAUAAUUUACAAACUCAUUGGAGACAAAAACCACCCAAAAUUUAAUGAAAUUCGCCCGCUUAUCAAAGACACAACAGUAGAAACUGGUUUGGUGUCCAAAAUAGUUCUUGUUGUAAAUAAUAGGAAUAAGCCUGCAGGUGCCAAGCUUACUUGGCAGUUCAAGUUAGAACUUGCACAUUCAAUUCUUAUAAAGCUGUCAACUAGUGGACGCAUCCGUAUGCCACGGGAGACCAUCUGUGAUUUGGUGAAAGAACUGAUUUCUUUGAAAAAUGUCUCUGAAAUCUUUGGAAACAAAUCAAGGACACAGUCCAGUAAAGAACGUGACGGAAUUGGAAAAAUGUUGGAAAAUGGCAUUGAACUGGACAAUCGACCUGCGCGUGAAGUGUCUAAUGCAGAGAAAAACUGUCCUACUUGCGGAAAGUCAUUCAAACGGCCCCAAGAUCUCAGGCGUCACUUAAGGAUUCACGACGAGGCCUUCAGUUAUUUAUGUGAGGCGUGUGGAAAGGGUUAUCGUAGCCUCGAUGGUCUGAGUUAUCACAAGGCGUUGAAGCAUCCUCCGUCUGAAACUACGGGCCAGUCUGAUUCUUCUCAGUCUCUAAGUUGCUCGGAAUGCACGAAAUGCUUCGCUAGCCCCCUCGAGCUGAGAGUUCAUUUAAAAAACAGCCAUCAGAGAGCCAAGUCACUAUAUACGUGUGACCUCUGCUUCCCGAAGGCAACCUUUCAACGCAUAGAUGUUUUUAAAAAUCACAUGUCAUUGCACGAAAAAGCCAAAGCUUUCACGUGUUUGAUUUGCGACAAAAUUUUCUCAAGGCGCUCCAAUCUUCAAUCACAUGCCCGCAUGCAUGAUGCUACUGCUGCCCUGCAGUACCAGUGCGCUAAUUGUUCGAAAAAAUUCUAUUCGAAGAAAAAAUUGGCAUCACACGUUCCCGAAUGUCUGUCCAGGAAAACCUGUCCACUUUGUAAAUUUUUUUGCCAGCGAGAAACAGAUAUGAUAGAACACACCAAAAAAACGCAUCCAGCAGAUUAUGCAAUGCGAGAAGUGUUUGGUCAAACUCUCGAGGAGCUGAACUAGUCUGCAGGAGUCGAAUCUUGUCCGCCCAGUUAUCUGUUAAAUCGCGUAAUAUAAAUUCAUAAAAUAAAACAUUAAGUAAAAGCAUCACGCACCAUGGAACGUGCUUGUUUUCUAUA